AUGAACUUCCAGGUGAAGAGCCUGAGCCUGGACAAGAUGAAGCUGGACAGUCCCCAGACCUUCCUGGAACCGGAGGAGGCAGAAGAGGCAGAGGAUGGGCAACUGCUGGAACCGGAGGCCUGGAGGACCUAUGUGGAGCGCCGUAACGCACUGCGUGAGUUCCUGACCUCAGACCUGAGCUUGCACCUGCUCAAGCGUCACCAUGCCCGUGUGGAACUGUUGCAGAAGUGCUCCUACUACAUCGAGAUCCUGCCCAAGCACUUGGCUCUGGGUGAUCAGAAUCCUCUGGUGUUGCCCAACGCCAUAUUCCAGCUCAUCGACCCCUGGAAAUUUCAGCGAAUGAAGAAAGUGGGCACGGCACAGACCAAGAUCCAGCUGCUGCUGCUUGGUGACCUGCUGGAGCAGCUGGACCGUGGCCGCGCCCAGCUGGAUGCCUUGCUUGAGUCACCUGACCCUCGGCCCUUCCUGGCUGGCUGGGGGCGUGUGGAGCAUCGGCUGGCAGACCUGGCAGCUGUCAUGGACAAUUUCUUGACCAUGAUGGUGCCAGGAAGGUUGCACAUCAAGCACCGGCUGGUAUCGGACAUUGGUGUCACCAAGGUCCCGCACAUCCGGCUCAUGCUGAGCACCAAAAUGCCCGUCAUGUUUGACCGCAAGGAGUCAGUAGCCCACCAGGACUGUGUUAGCCUGCGCUGGUUUGUUACUAUUCAGCCAGCCGCACCUGAGCAGUUCGAGCUGCGCUUCAAGCUUCUGGAACCUCAGACCCAGCAGGAGUGCACACAGUGUGGCCUCAUCCCCGUGGCCACCUGCACCUUUGACGUCCGCAACCUGUUGCCCAACCGUGCUUACAAGUUCACCAUCAAGAGGGCCGAGAGCUACACACUGGUAUAUGAGCCCUGGAGGGACAGCCUGAUCCUGCACACCAAGCCAGGGCUUCCUGAAGGGGUCCACCCCCUGCUGGCCAGGCCCGUCCGGCCUGCCCCCAACCACACCUUCUGA